CCACCACACAGCACAGGACUUCAUUACCCGUCAGGCAUGUGAUCCGGCCGCGCUUGCGCAUAUGCACCUGUCCGAGACCCGGAAGCUGUUUGUGGUGCCGCGACUGCUGCCGCUUCCUUCUUUCCGUACCAGGCCCCGGCUGAGUGCACUAUGGGUCGUGUAAUCCGAGGGCAAAGAAAAGGUGCUGGGUCUGUGUUCAGGGCCCAUGUGAAGCACAGGAAGGGUCCAGCAAAGCUGAGAGCUGUUGACUUUGCUGAAAGACAUGGCUACAUUAAGGGCAUUGUAAAGGAUAUAAUUCAUGAUCCUGGUCGAGGAGCCCCUCUUGCCAAGAUUGUUUUCCGUGAUCCAUAUAGGUUUAAGAAGCGAACAGAAUUGUUCAUUGCGGCUGAGGGCAUUCAUACAGGACAGUUUGUUUACUGUGGCAAGAAGGCUCAGCUCAACAUAGGCAAUGUGCUGCCUGUUGGUACUAUGCCAGAAGGCACCAUUGUCUGCUGUCUUGAAGAGAAACCUGGUGAUCGUGGUAAACUAGCUCGUGCAUCUGGAAAUUAUGCCACUGUUAUCUCCCACAAUCCUGAAACAAAAAAAACCAGAGUGAAAUUGCCUUCUGGCUCCAAAAAAGUGAUCUCCUCUGCAAACAGAGCAGUUGUUGGUAUUGUUGCUGGCGGUGGACGUAUUGACAAACCUAUCUUGAAAGCUGGACGAGCUUAUCAUAAAUACAAGGCAAAGAGAAACUGCUGGCCCCGUGUCCGUGGUGUUGCUAUGAAUCCUGUUGAACAUCCCUUUGGAGGUGGUAACCAUCAACACAUUGGUAAGCCUUCAACCAUCAGGAGAGAUGCUCCAGCUGGUCGUAAAGUUGGUCUCAUUGCAGCCCGUCGAACAGGCAGACUGCGAGGAACAAAGACUGUGCAGGAGAAGGAGAACUAAGGCCUUCAGUUCACAAUUCAUAGAGAAAUAAAUCUUUUGAGAUUGA